AUGGCGGAUGUGUACCGACACGCUGCAGCGGUGCUGCAGCAGAUGGAUUCAAAGGAAAUUGGGCUACGGGCGGCCCUCUAUGGAGUCGCCAGGCCCCCCCCAAAAGCACUUGCGAGGGUGUAUGCGCUGCUGUCGAAGACGCUGGCAGUGCGUCCGCUGCUGCAGCAGCUGCUGCAUGAAGUGGGCCUGGCGAGUUUUUCUUCUGUAGCAGAAGGGGUUCCCACGUCAGAAGCAGCAGCAGGAAAGAAGGAGUAUUUGCUGCUGCUGAUGCUGCGCGAUCUGCUGCUGUCUCCAAAGGGAAUAGAAGGAGGGGGGCAGCUGAGGCGGGAGUUGCUGGCUCACGAAUCGCAGCUGCGGCAUCUGUUCAAUGCAGCAGCAGCUGAAGCUUCUGCUGGAGCAGCAGCAGCAGCAACAGCAGCAGCAAUCCCCAGGUACCUCCGGGUGAACAGACGCCUGUGGGACGCAGCAGCAGCAGCAGAGUUCCUCAGGGUUCCUGCUACUGCAGCACGCCUGCUGCAGCAGCAACCGCAGCAGCAACAAACGCAGCAGCAGCAGCAAAAACAGCGCCGGAAGCAAAAUCAGCAGCAGCAGCGGCCGGAAGAGGCGGAAGCUGCGGGAAAGGAUAGUAAGGAGGGGCAGCAGCAACUGGUGCCUCAGGAGCAGCUCAUGAAGCAGCAGCACCAGCAAGAGCACCAGCAGGGGCUGCUGCUGCACGAGCUUGUGCCGAGAGGGUUUGUGUCUCUUCAAGACAGGGCCAGCUGUACUGCUGCUGCUGCUGCUGCAGUAGCAGAAGGGGACAUCGUACUUGAGGCAUGUGCUGCACCAGGCAGCAAAACACUCCAUAUAAUUGAUAUGCUAGGCACAAGGGGUCAUUUAAUCGUUCUUGAGAGAGACACGAAGCGGCUUGCUGCAAUGCUGCGAAGGCUGCAGCAGGAGGCUGCGUUGCGGGGGCCUUAUCUGUCUCCCUGCUGCACCCAGAAGCACGCAGCCAGCAGGAGCAGCAGCAGCAACCGCAGCAACGGCAGCGACAUGGAGGAGUUCCGGAGGCUCGCGGAGUUGGCAAAGAAGCAGCCUCUUUAUUUCGCUCGGUUUGAUGAGCCGCCCCGAUCUGCCGCAGCAGCACCCCCUGCAGGAGCAGCAGCAGCAGCACCCGCUGCAGCAAGCUAUCCGCAGCUAGCUGCAUCUGUGCCGCUGCUGCUGAUAGAGGUCCGGAGAGCAGAUUUUGUUGCUGUAAGGGGGACUGUCCCACCUUUUUGCUGGGCACAGAAAAUUUUAUUGGACCCUUCCUGUUCAGGCAGCGGCCUUCCGACGCAUGCAGCAGCAGCAACAGCAGCAGCAGCAGCAACAGCAGCGGCAGCAGCAGUAACAGCUGCAACAGAAGCAACAGACGCCGCUGCGACAGCAACAACAGAGGAGGCCAGCGAAGCGAACGGCUUCGCACCGUCACCAGCAGCGGCAGUUGCUGCUUCAGCACCAACUAAAUGUGCUCCCACUGCUGCUGCUGCUGCGGACGAGCCCCCGGACCUGCUGCACUGGAGCUGGGAAGGGUGGAAGACUUGGGGUGGCCUUUGUAACCCUUCAGGGAGUGGUAUAGAUAAGGCAGCUCCAGGGGCCCCCCAUGAGGGGGCCCCCUCAUGUGCGGCCUCCCUUCCUUCUGUUGUGCCACCGGCACAAGAAGAGGACAGGGUUUCGCGUCUCGUUGCAGUGCAGCAAAAACUGCUGCUACAUGCGCUUUCUGCCUUCCCUGCUGUGGGCCUCGUCUGCUACUCAACGUGCUCGCUGUACGUGCACGAGAAUGAAGGCGUAUUGCUCAAUGUGGGGCUGCAGCGGCAGCAGCAGAAAGAUAUCGUUCACGAUUGGCAGGUGUGCCGUCCCCACCUUCAUUCAGGGUGGUUCCCGCCGUCUGCAGCAGUUGCACAAAUGCAGCAGCAAUUGACCAGCAGCAGCAGCAGCAGCGGAUGCAGAGACAGCAGCAGCAGUAGGCUGAAAGAUGCUCUAGAAACGUUUGGUUCUCUCUGUGUUCGGGCAUCCCCACACACACACAGGUGCAGGGGCUUCUUCCUGGCGACCAUCUGCAGGGCCGUACCCCCAGCAGCAGCAAUCGCAGCAGCGACAACAACAGCUGCAGGAGAAGCAGCAGCAUCACAGGCGGCGGAAGAAGCAGGCACAGCAGGAAAGAAGACAGCCAUUGCAGCAGGAAAGGAAAGGGCUGGAAAGAGAAAGAGGAAGAGGAAACAAACGACAGACAACCCCCCUCAAUGCGCCGUCCCCUCACUGCCCGGCAGCAAGCCCCAAAAGAGGCACAAAAUCCGUAGCUGCAGCAAAGCGGGCAUCAGCGUUUAA